UGGUACUGGUCCAGUCACUCGUGUAUGUGGUGUGUGCUGCCAGUUACAUAUAGCUGGUGCCCCUUCGCCUAGGGCUGCUGGGGUACUGUAAGUCUCAGCAUGCCUAGGUCCAGUACUCAUACAGGUUCUAGUUUAUGGCAUAUGACUAAUCCUUCACCAUAAAGAGGACCCCAUGUCUUUUCUCCGUUGGGUUUCAGAUAAGAUCCUGGUUGAUGGUUUGAGAGAAUUAGAGUUUUUUGGAGACUCGCAUUUAGGGGACUCCCGAAGGAAAACGGAUGAAGCAGCCAGUGCAGAGUCUAUAGCCUCCUGUCGUGGUCCGGACACCAUGGGGGUAUACACACCGGACAAUACUUGUUAUGAUCUGCUCACUAUUAUAGGAAAAGGCUUUGAGGACCUGAUGACCGUCAACUUAGCACGCUAUAAACCAUCCGGAGAGUAUGUUUGUAUCAGAAGGGUUAAUAUGGAGUCCUGCACCAAUGACAUGGUGGCUUUUCUGCAGACUGAACUCCAUGUGUCCAAGCUGUUCAAUCACCCCAACAUCCUCCCGUACAGAGCAACCUUCAUUUCUGAUAAUGAGCUGUGGGUGGUCACCCCGUUCAUGGCUUAUGGAUCAGCCAAAGAUCUGAUCUGCACACACUUCACUGAUGGCAUGAGUGAGCUGGCAAUCGCUUACAUCCUGCUGGGAGUGCUGAAAGCCCUGGAUUAUAUUCAUCACAUGGGAUAUGUACACAGGAGUGUGAAGGCCAGUCACAUUCUCAUCGCCGUGGAUGGCAAAGUUUACCUUUCUGGUCUGCGCAGCAUCCUUAACAUGAUAACACAUGGACAGCGUCUUAAAGUCGUCCACGACUUCCCCAAGCACAGCUCAAGGGUCCUCCCAUGGCUUAGCCCGGAGGUCUUACAGCAGAACCUACAGGGGUAUGAUGCCAAAUCUGACAUCUACAGUGUGGGGAUCACAGCGUGUGAACUGGCUAAUGGUCAUGUGCCAUUCAAGGACAUGCCAGCGACACAGAUGCUCCUGGAGAAGUUGAAUGGCACAGUACCCUGCCUGCUUGACACAGCUACCAUUCCCGCCUCCGAACUCACCAUGAUGACCUCUCGCUCAGGGGCUGACUCUGGCAUUGGUGAGGGGACAUCCUGUCGCCCGUCCAAUGGGGAGCCAAGCAUGCAUCCAUACAAUCGCAGCUUCUCUCCUCAUUUCCACAACUUAGUGGAGCUGUGUCUGCAGAGGAACCCUGCACUCAGGCCGAAUGCUGGCACACUGCUCAAUCAUUCCUUUUUCAAACAGAUAAAGCGCAGAGCGUCAGAAGCCCUCCCUGAGCUACUCCGUCCUGUGUCGCCCAUCACCAACUUUGAAGGAGCAAGGAAUUCAGAGCCCCAGGGUGUGAUGGAGUUGGCAGCUGAUCUGGAGCACUUGGAUGUGGACGAUUGGGACUUUUGAGGCAAAAAGGAGGGCCUGGGUAGGGGAUGGGGAGGAUACAAAUCCUGUUAAUGUUUACACAGCAUAGGCCCCAUGGGAGGGGUCUCACUUAUUGUAGGUGCAUGAGGAAACCUACCACCAAAAAAAGUGUAGACGCUGACACUGGUGUUAGCGAAGUUCACCUCUCGCUUUGUUUCCAUUCAUGGGGACCGGUGCACUGUGCUGGAAACCUGUUCUAUCAAUGCUUAGUUAACCUGGUCGGCACUGUAUGGAUCUAACACAUCACUGUUAAUGAGUGAGUGAACAUGGGGGCCACAAUGUCCCUGGUGUAACUCAGGUGUCGUGGUCACCUGCUAGUAAUACACAUGGGAAGCCUUUUCAUUGCUGGUAUGCUCCUGUAAUGUUUAGAUAAAUCCUGUUUAUCUCCACACACUUCUUGUGAUAUAUAAUCAUUCAGUCUUACAAUAGCACUUAAAGACGGGGCAGUAAUACCAGUGUGGUUUUUAAGGUGAUAUGCAUGUGAUUUAUUUUAUUUUUAAUAAACUUUUAUAGCUCA